UCUUAUUUUUUUUGUUUCACUUUCUCUCUCUAAAGCGAGAGAGAGAGAGAGAGAGUAUUGAAGCACUAUUUCCAUCAAGGGCUUUCAUAAAAAGGCGAUAAAAGGAAAGAAAAACUCAAAUCCUUCUCUCUGUUUUUCUCUCUCUUUCUAUUCGAAACCCUAAGAACACAGUUGAGAGAGAGCAAGAAGAAGACGAAGAUGGGCCAGAAGUCCCUGAUCUACGCAUUUGUGUCGAGGGGGACUGUUAUUCUCUCCGAGUAUACGGAAUUCAGUGGCAAUUUCAACUCCAUAGCUUUCCAAUGCCUCCAGAAGCUUCCUGCUGCGAACAAUAAGUUCACUUACAACUGCGAUGGCCACACCUUCAAUUACCUCGUUGACAAUGGCUACACUUAUUGUGUGGUUGCUGAUGAAUCUGUUGGAAGACAAGUACCUCUUGCUUUUCUUGAACGGAUCAAGGAUGAUUUUGUGUCAAAAUAUGGUGGUGGCAAGGCAGCCACAGCACCUGCAAGCAGCCUUAACAAGGAAUUUGGACCAAAGUUGAAAGAACACAUGCAGUACUGCGUGGAUCAUCCCGAUGAGAUAAACAAGCUUGCAAAGGUCAAGGCCCAGGUUUCGGAAGUUAAAGGUGUUAUGAUGGAGAAUAUUGAGAAGGUGCUGGAUAGAGGAGAAAAGAUAGAACUUCUUGUUGAUAAGACUGAGAACCUUCAUCAACAGGCACAAGAUUUCCGGACUGCAGGGACUAAAAUCCGACGGAGAAUGUGGUUGCAGAACAUGAAAAUCAAACUGAUUGUUUUGGGAAUUCUGAUUGCUUUGAUCCUCAUCAUAGUCCUCUCUGUAUGCCAUGGUUUCAACUGUGGAAAGUGAGCAUCUUUCUUCUUCAGAAGGCUUUUGAUAUCUCGUGCUUCUUUACUCUUCCAAUUAUUGUAUAAGAGACAAAAAGUAUACAUUCUCUUUGUAUGUAGUUAAAAAGAAUAUAUAUCCAGGUAUUUGGCUGACACUUGAAACAGUGUGAAUCUAUAUAUAAGUUGUCAUUAGAAUGCUUUCCAAGAGAAGGUUAAAAUGUAUGAAAAUUGUCAGAUUGCCUUGCCAUAGUGCUCAAUUUGUUUGUUCCUUUUUACGUAUAUGAAAAAUGAACGUGUUGGGCCUCUUAGGGUGAA